CGGGCGAACAGUUGAAACAGGGUCGACAACCUUCAAAGUUCAAUCGGUAUUUCUUUCCUUGAAGUGUUCUUUGUUCUGCUAAUUAAUUCCUGGACAACCCUUCCUUGCUCUCAAUAAUUGAAUCGACUUGGGGGGUUAUCUGAGAGCUGAUAUUCACUUUCGCACGGGCAUUGUCUAGCUGAAGAGACGAACAUCAACUCCAGGAUCUAAACUCUAACCGGCCACCGGCCUCCGCCACUACGCAGCUGCGGCGCCGAUGCCGACCAAAUGGGUUUUGCACUGGCAUCCCAACCCCGGAAGCACCGUCAACAGUCAAAUCCUGAACGAGGUGUCGCAGUGCGCGGAAGCCAUCAAUGGCGUGAAAGACGGGAGGUGGAAAGCUACCCUAACGCUCUUGAAGCCCAAUUUACGAGAAGACCAGUCCCAACCCGGCGAAUAUCCUCGAGAGCUGCUGGGGAUUUCGCUGCCGGAGCAGCCAAACAAGUACUAUUUCAUACUCAGGGGCCCAAGGAUUGUAACGGAGGCUGAUUCCUCGAUUCAGGUCAUAAUGGAGAAGCUGCAGUCUUACAAAUCCAGAAUCGCGCUUUACUUUGAGGGUUACCAGUACCAACUUGGGGAUUUUCAGUUGAGAGUGGGGAAAGUCGUCUCCAGCCACUCUGAGAACUUGAGAGGGAUAGUGUUGGAGGUGGAGUAUCUUCCGAUAUCUUCAAUGGAGAAAGCGAGUCAAGUAUUGGGCGAGUUUGUUGAUAUAUGGCAAGAAGCUGUCUUGAAGCGAUCACUGCCUGGGAGCUUUAUGCACAAUGAACCCAAUUUGUCAGAGUAUGGUUUGGGAGAUAACUACACACCACAACACACAGCGGUACAGUACGCUUAUGUGAUGGCUCAACUAUUUGCAUCACAGUCUACGCAAGCAGUGAGAAAUUAGGAGUCGACGAGAUAUGAAAAUUCUAGCAGCACAAGUUGUAAUAGGUUGCCAGUCUUUUCUUCUGGCAGGAGCCUCGAGAUUGUCUUGUUACAUUAGGGCAUUGAAGGUGGAUAAUAUAUCUCGAAUAGACUGCUUACCGAAUCUUCAAAACUCAUUAUAUCUAGAAUGUUACACUAUUUAGACUACUUCGACUAGAUUCGUCGGUGGACUGUCCAAUUGGACUAUGGGUGUGCAACGGUUGCUUUGUAUCGGACCGCAGACGGUCAAUGGAGUCCCUGGAGGUUUGACUACAGAUACUUGGAGCUAAGGGCUUCAUGUUAUUGGAACAAAUGAAA